UCCCACUCCCGAUUGCCACUAUUUCUCUUUCCCUUUCUCAAUCUAAUCUUUCCCGAAUCAACAGCUUUUCUCCCAUUCUCCUUCCCCCAAUCUGCACCAUGUGGUAGAUGAGCCGACUUUUGGCUGGCGACGUCAGCUUGUUGGAACAAUUAUUUAUUAGGAGAGGGUGGAGAUCUGGGGAGGGCAGGGGAAAAGCUCCUACCUUUCGGUUGCUUCUGUCUUUCUGCUGUCCUCAGAACCCAUCUGGCCAUCUCGGAUCGAUCGCUUCUCUUUGUUUGUUCGCCGGCUUAAUUUGGGAGGAAUUCACAAGCUGGGAUAUUUGGUUUCAUCAGCCUGGAAGUAAAGGGUUUGAUAAUUUCUCAUCCUGGGUGAUCGGCACGCAUUCCACUUAACGGUCUUGCAUAUACUCUAGGAAUGGCUGCAGGAACUCCUAUUUCUGAAUGGAGAAAUUCUCGGCGUUUCUCGUCUGUUUUAUCUUCUGCUGUGUUUGAAUGGUUGUUAAUGCUUCUAUUGUUCCUUGGUGCAUUAUAUUCCUACCUGGUGACAAAAUUUGCUCGUCUUUGCAAAUUGCAAAGACCGUGUCUUUUAUGCUCAAGGCUGGAUCAUGUCCUGGGCAACGAGAAACCAAGUUUUUAUUGGGAUUUAAUUUGCAAGGCCCAUAAAUCAGAAAUCUCUUCAUUGGCUUUCUGUCAUGUUCAUCAAAAGCUUGCUAAUGUCUAUGACAUGUGCGAAGGCUGCCUCCUUACAUUUUCCAUGGAGAAGAAAUCUAUCCCUGAGACAUACAGAUCAUUGGUGGGUAAACUUGAGGUGGCUCUUGAUGAUAGUGAAGACGUUGAUCUGAAAUUUCCUGCGGUUAUCAAUGGCAGUUGUCUGCAGGAUGGACUUCAUGGAGAUGAUGUGGUUAAAGUUCCUUUGCUGAAGAAGGAUCCGGUGUCAUUCAUGAGGACUUGUUCAUGCUGUUCUAAGCCUUUCAAAAAUAAACCACAUGCUGUCAGUUUGCUUCAAAAGAAAUCCACUGGAGUUGACUCUGCUGAAGUUGGCAUUUCUUUGUUAAAUUCCACAGAACACAAUGGUCUCCAUCAUGAAGAUACAGGAGAGAAGUCUUUGGGGCCAACAACAACAUAUCAUUUGGGGAAUCAACGUUUUGAUCGGCUGUCCCACAUUGGAUACAGUGAACUUAAGGUUAACUCUGAUUCAGAGUCAGAAGUCCCAUCCUCAGAUGAUGAAGAUGGAAAUACACUGGUUCAUGGAACUGAGGAACUUAAGCAAGAUUUUCAGCCUCGAUCUCCACAACCAGAGGCUGUCACCAUUAUCUCCAACAGUUUAUCUGCCACUAUUUCAGAUGAUGCAGCUGUAGAAAAGUUGAUUCAUCCUGCUCCUGUCAUGCACGAGCCUUCUGAUUCCAUUCCUGAGAAGAAACUCCAUGUAGGUGGUUCUCAUGACAUAUCAUCUUUGGCAUCUUCUAUUGCUGCUGGGCCUGGUUUGGAGGAAGUAAAGUGGAGCCGAGUUGAAAUGAGCGCCGAUCCUCCAUUAUCCAAAAUCACACCUCAAGAUUCUCAAUUAGUUCCUUCAGAAGUUUCAAACGUGGAAGAAGUUUUGGGAACUCAUGAUGAUGUGCACAUCUCUGCUACUUCUAUUGGAGGAGUUUCCAAGGAUUUUAGUCCAACUGAGAUAAAUUUGAAGACAAACCAAAUUAUGAGUGACCCUGGUCCAUCUGUGAACACUCAUAUGGAUCUAAAUGAUGCCUACAAACUUGCUGUUGGCAAUAAGGGCAACUUGACAUCUUCCAACUUUGCAGAAGUAAUUACGGGGAGGGAUUCUUCUAAAGUUCUUGAAGAUCUGAAAUUACUUAUAUCACAGAUAUCUGCCUCUAAGGGGCUUGAGACCCCAUGGAGUGAUAUGAGUCCAAGUCCCAGAGUAUAUGGACAAGGUGAUGGACCUGUGUUGCAGAACAUUACUAAAAGGCUGUCUAUUGAAAGAAAUGAAUCAGGUUUGGAGUCUCUAGAUGGAAGUAUUGUUAGUGAAGUGGAAGGAGAAAGCACAGUUGAUCGACUGAAGCGGCAGAUUGAGUUGGAUAGGAAGUCCAUAAGCCUUUUAUACAAGGAGCUAGAAGAAGAAAGAAAUGCUUCAGCAAUUGCAGCAAAUCAAGCAAUGGCUAUGAUUACUAGGUUGCAGGAGGAGAAGGCAGCUAUGCAGAUGGAAGCUUUGCAGUACCAGAGAAUGAUGGAAGAGGAAACUGAGUACGACCAAGAAGCACUUCAAAAAUCCAAUGAGGCACUUGCUCAAAGGGAUAAGGAAAUACAAGAUCUUGAAGCGGUGCUUGAAAUAUAUAUUAAGCAAUUUGGAGAUGGAUCAUUAGCAGACAGUAAACCAGAGAAGUCUGAUGAUUUAGAGUCAAGAGUGAAUAAUCCCACCAGCACAACUCUUGAAAAGGAGGCUGGUGCCUCCAGAUGGAGUGGAUCAGGUCCUUUGAAGGUUCCUUUGUUAGAUUUUGAAGAUGAAAAGGAUUACAUUUCUGAUUGUUUGAAGAAGUUGGAGAAAAAGCUCCAUCUCUUCUCCAAUAAUGGGGUUUACGUUAAUCUUUCAAGUUUUGAUGUAAAGGAAGAUGAAUAUUCUGACAAAAGAUGUGAGGAUGUUCAUAGAGAAAACUCUGAACAAAAAAAUGCAGUUUUAGAUCAUGAUGUUAAAAAUGGUCAGUAUUUGGAGAAGGCAGUGGGGUGUAAUGAUUUGGAACAUCCUCACUCGAAAAAUUUGUCUCCAGAAAGUAGUCAAACAGGAGGGAGUGUUUUGUCAGGUAAAAAGAAACCAUCAAAAUCCAACACAAGCACCCUUUUAUCAUCCAAAGGGGUUCAAUCUACCACUCAACAAAAUGGUGAGGAUAAUUCUGACAGUGAUGGGCAGUACAUCUCCAUGGUUGAUAAAGAGAGUGAUUUAGCUACUCUUGAAAAUGAAAUUUCACAUCUGAGUGAGAGGUUGGAGGCACUUGAAGCAGAUCAUACUUUUCUUGAACACACCAUCAACUCACUUAGAAAUGGAGAUGACGGGGUACAGUUUGUUCUGGAGAUAGCUUGCCACCUACGGGAUUUACGGAGAAUUGGGGUCACACGAAGAGAGCACACUUCAACUUGAGCUUACAUGGUCUUGCCUAUGAGAUGUCAACUAGAUAUGAGCCCUGGAUUUCAAUUCCAACAACAAGCACGACAAUUUGAUUUGAUUAUUUGAGAUAAGGUAGAUAUCUUUGGUGCUGUCCUAUUGGGAUUUGUAGGAAUGGAGGAUCCGCAUAACAUUGUACAGUAUUAUCAGUUUGAGUACUCUGAAGUAUGGGCCAAUGCUGGGAGUGAUUUUUCCCUCUUUUAUCCCCAGUUUAUUUUUUCCUCCUACAUAUCUUGGCUUCGCAAUUUUCUUUAAUUUGUAUUUUCCUUCUGUUAACUUGAUUGAUUCCAGAGUUAGUUUUCUUGAUUGGUUUUUGAGAUAUGAGUGGCAAAUUGUAUAAACACUGAUUUCUGUGUGUAACAACAAUAUUGUGUGUAUUAUAACAAUUGGGUUAACUGCCCAUCUGCUGACUUUUGUAUAUUGAUCUAUAGUUGGUUGCUUCAGCAGUUCUAGAUAUGAAAGUUGGACAUUUAUCAGAAA